UUACUUAAUGGGUUAGAUAACGUACAAAAUACUUUUAUACAGUAUUAAUGUAAAAAAAAUAGUUGCUUAUAUCGGUAUGUUAUGUUAAACUACAAGUAUUAGUAAAAUGUUGACUUGAACAUUUGUUCAAUGUAGCUAAAUGAAUGUUAAUUUCUUAUUUUUUUGAUUCAUAAAUCCUGUAAAAUUGUCAUUCAUUUGUUUUAAAGAAUCCACUAAUCUGAAAUGGCCAGUUUGGUGUAUAAUUAGGCUUUAUACGCAGAAAGGUUGUAAUCAUUUGGUCAACUCUGGCUCGAGUUUCUCACAAAGCAUUUGGACGCUUGAAAGAUGAUCGAUUUCAAAUGCAGAAGCUCUAGGAGUUGUUUCUGCUCCACGUGAGUAACAUUGUUUUGCUCCACAGAACUGAGAUGAGCUGUUUUUGAGUGUUUGUCUGGGAGCUGUAUGUUCAUUAUCUUGUUGAUUGAUUCGUCAUCUUCGCUUUAUUUUUUGAGUAGCAUUAUUGUGCAUCGCUUCAGCGGUGAUAGAGACAUCCACUCGUGCAUUUGAGGGAGGGGCGUGUUUGUUGGCGUGUUUUUUUUUUUUUAGACAUCAACAGUUUCUCAGAAAUCGCUUACUGCACCUUUAAGCAAGCACGACGUUUUCUUUCUCUCUCUGGUGUUAUUGUGUUGGUCAUAGCAAGUGGUACAGUGUUGACAACUAAUUUUCAGGGGAAGCUGCUAAAAAGGCGGGUCGAUUUGUUGCUAAAAGUUGCCAAAUGACGUAGUGAUGUCAUUGCGCGAUGACGCAAAACUGCGUUAUCGCGUAGAUUACGCAAAAAAAUAUUUUAAAUAGUAUAUUAAUUUAGAUUUGUUCAUUAAAAAAAAUUGUAAAAGUAAUAUAAACAUCUUUAUGAUCAGAUAUUAAAUACAUUAUUGAACAGUUACACAUUUUUUUUGAACAAUUACAUUUUCCUAUUUUCUUAUUAACUAGGUGCUUUUUUGAAAAAAAAGAAAAAAAAAAAGAUGCAAGGGUAGUCUGAAAAUUUGCUAAAUUGGCAACACUGGAAGAAAAGCUUUUUAAUGAACGCAGUUUAGUGUCUGUCCGCUGGGUGGCAGUAACGAGCACAAGGCACAGAAAUACAUAUUUCUCUAAAACAAAUUCUCAAAGGCCUAAACCCAUUUGUCAAAUAAAUCACUCUUUCUUCAAAACCUUAAUCACGUUCAGGCUGUUAGACAUAAUUUGCAAAAAUUAAUGCUAACUCUAAACACAUUCUCACUCACUAAAACACAUUUCACACAGUAAACAUGAGUGGCAGAACUUAAACACAACUACAACACAGUUAUCAUCAUUUACAGCACAACGACACGAAAUUGUUCACACUUGUUUGUUAAUGAUGUGAUCUGAAACGGACCACUUUACCAGCAUUCAGCCUAACAUUCUGUUUCAAGAAUGAUAAAAUGGAACGCUCCCUUAACGUUCGUGUAACCAAGAAAAAACUUUUUUAAAAUAUUUAAAGUGGACCAAUUAUGCCCCUUUCACAAGAUGUAAUAUAAGUCUCUGGUGUCUCCAGAAUGUGUCUGUGAAGUUUCAGCUCAAAAUCCCCCACAGAUCAUUUAUUAUAGCUUGUCAAAUUUGCCCCUAUUUGGGUGUGAGUAAAAACACGCUGUGUGUGUCCCUUUAAGUGCAAAUGAGCUGCUGCUCCCGCCCCCUUUCCAGAAGAGGGCGGAGCUUUAACAGCUCACGCUUCGGUCGAUCAACAACAACAAAGCUGGAGAAUCUCACGCAGCCAAAAUGACGACGGUGUUCAGCCUUACAUUGUUCAAACCGGAGUCGACACUGAUGGAGAGACUCAGGAAGAAGUUACAACUUUUAGACGUUUCUGAAUGGUUAGUGGAUAAAUUUAUGUAGUUGCUGUGGAGUUGAUUCAACUCAUCCACUAGCAUGUGCCGUCAUUUUAAUCUUUUGUGCAAAACCAGUGUUGAAUUGACUCUCGUUUGUGGAGCAGUCCGGCGUAAAAUGACGGCAUGUCAACAACACUCUACUACAACAACUCUUCCUCUUCUCUAAAGCAGCCCAACAUGGCCCCGCCCCCUUUGUUGUGUGUUCUCGUGGGCGGGUUUAUGUAAAUUUUAGGGUUAGUGAUGUCACCAACCCGGGAAGAAGCUCGUUGUAGUCCCUACCAGCCAUUUAAAAAGCGAUUUCUGUAAAAGAAAAUAUCUCCCUUUGCAUUGAACUUUGAGUGUCGUAACUUUGCAGAUGUUGUUUAUGCUGAACAUAACAUUGAACAAACGUUAUAUUGACAUUACUGUAAGAAUGUUUGUUCAUAACUUUGAGAGAACCUUGCCAGAAUGUUCCGUGUUCGCUGGAUUAGGCCGCUGAAGACAGACAGAGAAAGGUAAUGGAAUAAAAUGAAAUGCUCAGUUUCAGAAUCCCACCUUCAGCGCUCCUGAUAUGAAACACGAAACCGAAACUUCAUCUAGCUCUAGUUGUUUGGCACUUGCUCCUACAGCACAGAAUCACAGAUGACAGUCAUGGGUUCAUUUCUCAGGGAUAAAGUCCAACUACAAACAGAAAUUCCAGAAAUUGCCUGUCUUAGAUUGUCAUGUAUGACACAUGAUGUUUGUUGCGUGAUGUAUGGUCCUCAUAGAGUUAAAUGUCGUUUCCUUUUUCCUCGUAAAUGAAACCUGAGUGUGAUGUUCAGACAGAUUCUUCGUCUGAAAACACCCCGCUGUGGUUUAAGUUCAGACCUGACCUGUGGAGGUGGUGAACUUAAGCAUUUAUAAGUAAGACCCCUGGUUCCCACCUCAGAGUCAAACUACAUCAGACUGAAAGAUGAGCCUCAGAGUAAUCCUGUUAGUCAGCUUCAGUCUGCAGUGUUUCAUGUGUGUUCCCACUGUGAAUGUGAGCGUCCGGCGCGAGCAGAACGCCUCUCUGCCCUGUCACAGCAACUACACCAACUCCAGCUCUGUGAUGGCCUGGUACCGGCUGAACUCGGAGAAGAUUACUUUACUCGUAUCUGCGAUGAGAGGAAACGUGCAGAAGAACACGUUUAUUGUUGAGUACAAUGAGGAGCGAAGCAACUUGAAGCUGGACGGCGACAGCAGGCUGGAGUCUGUGAGUCUGGUCAUCUCUGCGGUCAGAGAGGCGGAUCUCGGCCUGUACUUCUGCGCUGUUGGCGUCAGCUUGAACAAGAUGCUUUUUGGGACUGCUGUCAGACUCACGUUUGCAGACGCUGAGCAGCAGCGGCACACUUCAGAUGUCAUGGGCUGCUGGUCGCUCUGGCUUUGUGUUUGCAUCACAUGCGGGAUUUGUGGUUUUCUCUGCGCUUGUGUGCUUUGUUACAGAAAAAAUUCUUCUGUGGUCUCCUGCAUCAGCUGUGUGAAGGAGAACUCAAAUGUCCAGGCAGCACAGGUCCAGUAUUCCAGUCUCCGGUUCAUCCGGCGCUCCAGAGCAGCCGCUCCGGCUCCAGAGAACGUGACGUACGCAACCAUCGCCAAACACACGCCCUGAUUCACUGUCCACAGAGUUCACAUCGCUUAGAAGUCGACUAUACCUAUACCUAUAGCUAUAAAAAAUCUUUAAUACACUACUGGUCAAAUGUUAGGCUGCUUUUAUUUGAUCAAAAAUACAGUAAAAACAGUGAAACAUUGUUAUAAUUUAAAACCGCUGUUUCCUAUAGUAGAAAAGUCAUUUAUUCCUGUGAUCAAAGCUGAAUUUUCAGCAUCAUUACUCCAGUCUUCAGUGUCACAUGAUCCUUCAGAAAUCAUUCUGAGAUGAUGAUUUGAUGCUCAAGAAACAUUUAUGAUUAUUAUCAAUUCAGAUUUUUGUGGAAACAGUCAUACAUUUUAUUCUUCAGGAUUCUUUGAUGAAUAGAAAGUUUAAAAGAACAGUGUUUAUUUUGAAAUAGAAUCUUUUAGAACAUUAUAAAUGUUAUUAUAAAUUUAAUGCAUAAGCCCCAAACGUUUGAUCAGUAGUGUAUAUUACAUAUUUGCUAUAUUAGUCCUGCUAUAUUCUAUGGUUUCUUCUUUAUUUGAUUUUUUUUGAUUAUAUAUAAGCUAGCAUUGAUAUUAAAAUUCAAACAUGAUGGCAUAUGAAGCUAAAACAGUGAUUUAUUUCCUCUUUAAGGUGUUAUUUAAUUAUAUUGUUUAUAUAGUAUGUACGUAUAAUUGAAAAUCACUCAAUAUUGCACUUAUCUACUGUACAUGUCCAGUGUAAACAGUAAAUGAGCAGAUUAAUGCAUUAAAGAGAGCGUUGUUUUUAUGAACUCUU